UAGAUUUUCUCCUUAUCUACAGACCAGACUACAAACUUGAAUAAAAGUUUAAAACUGGCGUCAGAAAAAAAAGCAAGAAAACAUGAAGCCAAAAGGGAUAGGGAAGAGUCCUAAGAAAUGGGGAAAACAGAAACUGAAAAAAUCUCCACCACCAAAAGGUGUUCAGACCAUAACAGCCAUGUUUAAACAGCAGACUGCUGGAGUGUCAAAACCUUCUUCAGGCAUCUCAUGCAAUGUCCAGCAGGACAAUCCUAGUGUUGACACUGAUUCUGAUGAUGUCACAGUCAUUGAAGUAGAAAGUAAAUAUUUUCAAAAAACUGAAAAUAAAGGUGAUUUGAAAGCAACUCUCCCAGAAUCUGUAUCUCCUUUCAUUAAAAAACGUAGAAGUUCUUCAAGAUUACAUCUCAAGAAAUCUGUUUCAAAGAAAAUAUUUCAAGAUGAAAUGGUGAAAGUUGAUGAUGAAACAGAAAAUGAAGCUGGUGACAAUGAAGAAUCUCCAUCACAAAAGGAGAAUACUUGUAAUGUCAAGUAUGGGAAAUCAUCAACCAGGAAGUCUUUACAACUGUCUCUACGGAAAAGAAAGAUAUCAGAGAGUGAUGAUGAUUUUGUGACGGAAGACAAAAAGAAAAGAAACCACACUAAAUCUCUGAAAAAGCAAAUAAGCAAAGAAACUGAAAAAAAGAGCAGUUCAUUUGUAGACCAUCUUAAAAUCAAGCCAGAGAGUAAAAACAAAAUAAAAAAGACAUCAAAGAGUGAGAAAUAUUCCAGAGUCAGAGAUGGAACUCCUACAGAUGGCGAGGAGUCUGAAGUGGAAGUAGAGGAUACAACGGGACCUAGAAAUAGACCUUCAUCAGCAGGAAACAUUUCUCCAUCUAACAAAUCUCAAUUAAAGCUACAUGACAAUGCAAACAAACAGAAAUUUUCUGGAAAACAAAGCCAAAUUAAGAAAACAAAAAUAUCCAUUGGUAAACAAGAAAAAAAGUUAAAUGUUAAAGGGGAGAGCCAGGAAGAAGAAUCUCAACCAGUAAAUAUUCCUAGUGACGGAUUGGUGGAAAUCAUUGAGACAAAAGACAGUCAGGGAGGCAGUAUGACAACUGACAGUCAAACAGACAGUGUAGGAGAGGAUUUAAAGGAGAAGUACAAAACACCAUAUUAUCAUGAAAACUUUAAAGUGAUUAUGACGACAGUGCUGGGGGAACCUGAUUAUGUGAAGCUUUUCAGUGAAGAUGAUAUGAAAUUUAUUGGAAAAUUUCAAACAUGCUCAGAAUCUGCACAAAAGCUGUAUAUUCGCCUGUUCUCCAGAAAGUUAGCAUGGUUACCAAUAUCUAGAAUAAAGUAUCCAGAAAUAGACGAUGAUCUGACACCAGUUAUGAUGCAGCUGGCCAAGCAUCACCUUGUUCAGAUGGCGGAUUGUCUUACUGACCUUCAGGUGACAUUGAACAUCUUAUCUGCUGGAGAUUUGAAAACUCUAGCUAAGACCUAUCACAUCAAUGUGACCAAUCAGAACAAGCCUGAUAUAAUACAGAUGUUGAUAAAGAAGAGUAAACAGAACACCAUUGGCUCCAUGUUCAAGGUGGCAGGUUGUGGGGGUUCUAGUACCAUGAUCAACAGAGCCAAGAAAUUACUUGGAGGUUGUGUACACUUGAUGGAAGAGCCAAGAACUAUAUUUCUCAGGCUGUUGAUGCUGUUCUCUCUAAAUGACACCAUUCUUGAUGAAGACAAUGGUUCUGGUAACCAGGGACAACAGCUGUUUCAGAUGCUGCAAGUAAACAUAGGAAAAGUGGUGUAUCCGGCUUAUACAGUAAACAAGAGCACUGCCAUAUUUGGGGACAGGGAUACUUUCCUCAGCUUUACAAAUGCUGUGACAAUGGAGUGUGACAUUCUCACCAAGAUAGAGAAGAAAGACUUUGAUCAUGCGUUCAAUAUCUACCAGUCAGCAUACGCAGAGUAUGACAAACUGACACAGGAUCCCACUGUUGUAAAACAUGAUCAAAAUCUGCCAGAUUUUCUGCGGUCCUACACAGCAUGUGGGGUGUUUGUGAGGGUGAUGAAUCAGGGAGUAGAGGUACUACAGCGCCGGAAGGACUACACACAAGCAGUCCGACUCCUGGAGAAACUGCUGAGUCAACACAUGUACUGUGUCACUUACCGUGGCCACUGGUGGGAACGCCUUGCUCUGAACUAUGAUGCUCACCUCAAACAGCCAGCUAAGACGCUGAAGUGUGUUAAGGAAGGCCUCGAAGACAAGUAUGUCAAAACAGGACACAGAUUGGCUUUGUUUCAAAGGGCAGAGAAAAUCUGCUCUGCUCCCAAGUCAAAAUUUAAAGAACAGCUUGUCACCUUUCACCAUGAACCAGUCGUGGAAUUCCCUGAGGUGUUUCUGGAUGGUAAAGUGUUACCAGACAAUGUUCCGGGAGCAAGGUUUCGCUUCCUGAUGUCUACACCAGGUUCAGAGGACCCAGACAACCUGACAUUUUGUGGUGUAGAACAGCUUGUACUGGAACACUACCUUCAGAAUGGCUAUACAGAUGGUUUACAUGCAGAAGGAGGUACUGUUAGCAGUCUGUUUAUGCUGUUUUUCUGGGACGUGAUCUAUUGUGACAUUCCCGAUGCCUUCCACUCUGCCUAUCAGAGUAUGCCACUAGACCUUCACAGUGAUCAUUUUUAUGCCAGUCGUCAGCACAUGAUUGAUAAACGAUUGGAAAAACUAAAGCGAAGUUCAGAGGAGGAGCUACACCAGAUGGUUUCUGAUGUCUGGGAACACCAUGAGGGAGAGUCGGGUGGCAUGAACUGGGACCGUUUCUCAGGUGUUGACCAUGUAAAGGGCCUAGUGUCAUGUUUUGGAGGGAAGGUGAUCGCUGGUAUCCUGGAGAGAUAUGCCUGUAACCCUCGUCAGACCAGAGGUGGAUUUCCCGAUCUGACGCUGUGGAAUACUAGUAAUAAAACUGUCAAGAUCUGUGAAGUGAAGGGUCCAGGAGAUCGCCUCUCUCAUAAACAGAUUCUGUGGCUGAGCUACCUGAUAACCCUAGGAGUAGAUGCAGAAGUCUGCUACGUCAAAGCUGUGAGCACAAAGAUGUUAAAACAUUCCUCUAUGACGAAAGAGACUUUGAGUGUGGGAUGUUGAAAUUACAUUGAUAAGCAGAUCCAGAAGAGGUGCCAUGUUGGAAAGCUGCAAGAUGUGGUUGAUGGAAUAGACCCGAGGUGCUGUAUACUGUAGUGCUAUUUAUGUGACAAACCAGCUGAGUUUACAGUGCUUAAGGUUAAGUCUGUGAUAUUAUCUCUGUUAUAGUCCGGUUGUUUGUGAUUGAUGUAUGAUUAAUUUAUACAGUUAAUACAGGUUCUCUUUAUAGAAAUUUUAUUGUAAAUUUUUGACAAUAUUGUAUAUAUUGAGCAUCAAAAUAAUGAUGUAUGAAGAAUAUAAAUGACAAUGUAGAGACAAUAUACAGCUGACAUUGUGAAAUAAUAGUUAUAAAACCCAAUAUAUACAAACAACAUGGUACAUAUCCUUAACAAGUUUUGACAUAACAUGUGUUGUGUGAAUGGUUGUAACAUUGAAAAUAUAUUGCAUAAAUCUUGAAACUAUGUCCUGUGUUCAAUUUAAAAUUAUGCAGCCACAAUUUAAUAGCUAAAGAACAUAAUCAGGUCUACCCUGAUAUAUAUAUAUCUACUGUUGGUCUAUUGCAAUA